CGCGUGAGGUUGCGAUCACGUCGAGACAGACGACGGUCUCGACAUCAUCAUCAAGCUGCUGCCGCCGCCGCUGCCGAUGCUGCAUGCCCACCAUUGCCUGCUCAUCUUGGCCCGAACUUCUGCACUGUCCAGUCGCAACUCCUCCUCGAUAGCGCACGCUCUCCUCCACUCGUUCACACAGUCCGCUCGGCCAAUCCGUUGUCCGUGCUAGUGAACGCACACGCGGACGCUCACCCUGCAAGAGCCUCGCAACGGUCUCGACUCAUCCGACACGUCAUCACCGCCACCACCAUCACCACCCGCACCGCCCCUCCGUGAUGGAUCCAUCGGGCCUCUUUGACCAUUUAGAGAGCACCGAUGGCCGCAGCGACGAUGCGCAGCAGCGCCAAGCUGGUCCCUCCACUUUGACUCCUGCCGCUCCAUCGCCUUUGGCUGCAACAACAGACACGAGCUCCAAAGCUGCUCGCAAAGAGGCACGCCGUGCCGAGAGGGAAGCAAGAAAGAAGAGGGACAGGAGCAGAGAAGCGGACAGCGCAGCGCCAUCUCGCACUCCGACAGAGAGCAAUGGCAGCGGCGCGGCAAAUGGCGAGAGCGAUGGAACAGCUGCCACAGUCGCGCUGCCGCCUCCAAAGAAGCAGAAGAAGCACAAGGUGGUGAAUGGAGACACUGGGGCGGGGAGCACGGGCGCAAAUCCUCUCACCGUUCAGACGGCGCCUGUGCUCACCGACGAGUUUGUGGCAGAAGCGUCCAGGAAUCUGCCCGCAGAGGAGCCAGCGGGCCAGGCGGCCAAGGAUGCCAAGGUGGUCAAGACGGAGCAGGGAGCUGGCACAGCUUCCGUGCAAGCAGAUGGUGCUCCUACAGGUACGCUCUCGGACACUGUCACUGCUGCCGCCGCCGCAGAAGUGGCAGGAGGCGUAAUCGGAACAUCAGUGUCGGGCCCAUCAGCUGGAGGAGCGGCUGGCUCCAUGGAAAUUCGUCACUCGGUGCGUCAUCAGGUCGCUCUGCCUCCCGCCUAUCCCUACGUGCCCCUAUCAUCACACGUGCCUCCAGAGAAGCCGGCCCGAGAGUGGCCUUUCACCCUGGACCCCUUUCAACGCACCGCCAUCGCAUCCAUUCAGCGCGGCGAGAGCGUCUUGGUCUCGGCGCAUACAUCCGCCGGCAAGACGGUGGUGGCCGAGUACGCCAUUGCGCAGUGCCUCAAAGAAGGUCAGAGGGUCGUCUACACCAGUCCCAUCAAGGCUCUGUCGAAUCAGAAAUACAGAGAGAUGAGUGCAGAGUUUGGCGACGUCGGGCUGAUGACUGGCGAUGUCACCAUCAAUCCAAGCGCAUCCUGCUUGGUCAUGACCACCGAAAUCCUGCGAUCCAUGCUGUAUCGAGGCAGCGAGAUCAUGCGCGAGGUGGCUUGGGUCGUCUUUGACGAGAUCCACUACAUGCGAGACAAGGAGAGGGGGGUCGUGUGGGAGGAGACGAUCAUCUUGCUGCCUCGCAAGGUCAGGUACGUCUUUUUGUCCGCCACGAUUCCCAACGCCAUGCAGUUCGCGUCCUGGAUCGCGCACACGCACCAACAGCCUUGCCAUGUGGUGUAUACCGACUUUAGACCGACUCCUCUUCAGCACUACCUCUUUCCGCUCGGGGCAGAGGGUAUACACCUCGUCGUCGACGAAGCGGGUCGUUUUAGAGAAGACAAUUUCCAGGCAGCCAUGGGCGCCCUCAAUUCUGCCCGCGGAGAAGAUCCUGCUUCGGUGGAUGGCGGUAGCGGAAAGGGUCGCAAGGGUCAGACUCGCAAGGGCGGAGCUACAAAGGGACCGUCGGAUAUCUACAAGAUCGUCAGGAUGAUCAUGGUCAAAAAUUACAAUCCCGUCAUCGUGUUUGCCUUUUCCAAACGCGAAUGCGAGGGUUUGGCCUUGCAGAUGGCCAAGCUGGAGUUUAACAAUGACGACGAGAAGAAUAUGGUGGGCACGGUGUUCAACAAUGCCAUCACUGCGCUUUCGGAAGAGGACCGCGCACUUCCCCAGAUUGAACAUUUGCUGCCUUUGCUGCGGAGGGGCAUUGGGAUUCACCACGGAGGUCUUUUGCCCAUCCUCAAGGAGGUCAUCGAGAUUCUCUUCCAAGAAGGCUUGAUCAAGGUGUUGUUCGCCACCGAGACCUUUUCUAUUGGCCUCAACAUGCCUGCCAAGACGGUCGUCUUCACCUCGGUGCGCAAAUUUGACGGGACAGAAAAUCGAAAUUUGACUUCGGGCGAGUUUAUUCAGAUGAGCGGGCGAGCAGGUAGACGAGGGCUGGAUGAUCGAGGCAUUGUGAUUAUGAUGUUUGAUGAGAAGCUCGAGCCAGCGGACGCCAAGACGAUGGUCAAGGGAGAGGCCGACAGGCUGAAUAGCGCUUUUCAUCUCGGCUACAAUAUGAUUCUGAACCUCAUGCGCGUCGAGGGCAUCUCACCCGAGUACAUGCUCGAACGCUGCUUUUUCCAAUUCCAAAGCGCUGCAUCCGUGCCCGAGCUGGAGGGCAAGCUGGCAUCGCAGCGCAAGGAGCUCGAGCAAGCCGUGGUGCCGGACGAAGAGCAGACGGAGGAGUACUUUGCGCUGAAGCACCAACUCCAGGAGCUGCAGAGCGAUGUCAGAGAAGUCGUAACUCAUCCGACCUAUGCCUUGCCAUUCUUGCAGCCAGGUAGAUUGGCGCACGUGCAGCACGAGGAUCUCGACUUUGGAUGGGGCAUCGUCAUUCGAUAUCAGAAGCGCAUCACGCCGAGCAGAGGAGGCAGAGUGGAUGCGAGCGCAUCCGAAAGGCCACAGUCGCAGUGGAUCGUCGAUGUGCUGCUCGACUGCGAAGCGGGAUCCACGGCGCCCACCAUCAAGGAUGUCGCGACGAGAGCUCAGAAGCAGGUCAAGGGUGCCGAUACCGCACCCUUGGGUCUACGGCCUUGUCCGAGCGGCAAAAGAGGCGAGAUGCUUGCCGUGCCGGUGCUCCUCUCCACCAUUUCCCGCAUUUCAGGAGUGCGCUUAAAGAUGUCGCCAGAUUUGCGUUCGCGAGAAGCUAGAGAUCAGGCUCGGACAAACUUGCUGGAAGUCAAGAGGCGCUUUGCUGGCUCCGACUCGAGAGGCAAAGGCGUCCCUGUCCUCGAUCCGGUCAAGGAUAUGAAGAUUGCAGAUCAGUCGUUUGCCACGCUGUUGAGCAAGAUUCAACUCGUAGAGUCUCGCCUGUCAGAGUCCAAAGUGGCAGCUUUGAGCAGAAAAGAAAGGGGGCAACUUCAAGAAGCGUACGAGCACAAGCAAGAGCUCGAGCGCGGGGUCAAGAGUUUGGAGCGCCAACUGAGCGAUGCCCACAGCGUGCUGCAGCUGGACGAGCUCAAGUGUCGCAAGCGGGUUCUGAGAAGGCUGGGCUUUACAACGGACGACGACGUCGUGCAGAAAAAGGGUCGAGUUGCGUGCGAGAUUUCCACCGGCGACGAGCUUCUCUUGACCGAGAUGAUUUUCAACAAUGUAUUCAACGACCUCGACCCGAAUCAGUGCGCAGCGUUGCUAUCUUGCUUUGUGUUCGACGAAAAGAGCGAGCAGCAAACUCGACUCAAGGAGGAUCUGGCUGGACCUCUGCGAGUCAUGCAAGAGACUGCGCGACGCAUAGCCAAAGUGUCGAUCGAGAGCAGACUGCAGGUCAAUGAAGACGAGUACGUGGCUAGCUUUAAAGUCGAGCUCAUGGAGGCUGUUCUACAGUGGUGCCGCGGAGCCAAAUUUUCGGAAAUCUGCAAGAUGACCGACGUCUUUGAGGGCAGCUUGAUUCGCGUCUUUAGACGACUGCAGGAGCUUUUGCGACAAGUUGUCCAAGCGAGCAAGGCUAUUGGGAACGUCGAGCUUCAGGAAAAGUUCGAGGCCAGCCAAAAAGCUCUGGAGCGCGAAAACUCGAUCAUUUUCAGCCCGUGAGUGUCG